AGCUCUGCAGUCCGAAUUUCGUCCAAAUUCCUAUCACUUGUUUUCGUUUUUAAUUUUCAUAGAAAUGAACUUCUUUCGACAAAAUAACGCCUUCUUUGCUUCCCUUGGUGCUGGCAUGGUCAUUGGCAUAAUGUAUUGGCGCAUGACACAGAAAAUUAUGCGAGAAUUGCAGAGCCUUUCUGGGGUGAUUGCAGAGCUUCAAACCGAGGUAGUCCAGCUGAAAGAAAAGCUUGACAACGUUGCUAGAAGACGCAAAAGUCCAGGGAGUGGUUUCUUUUCUCUUGGAGCAAGCAGUGGAGAUGACGAUGAUGAUGUUUAUGAAGAGGCAUAUGCAGGGAGUGACUUGGAGGAUUUGGAAGAACAGAUGAUAAUUACACCAAAACAAACAGAUCAGGACAUAGAACCUACAGAUGAUAUAUUUACAGAAGUUGAUCAGUUAUUAGAAGGAGCAGAUGAAGAUAAACAAAAAGCUUUUGAGAUUCUACAGAGGAAUAAAAGCAAGUAUUUGACAGAUCCCAAUUUCUACUGGAGGUUUUCAAAGACAACAUUUCAAGUUUCUCAAAUACUUGGUGCGAAGGGUGACUUGGAGAAAAAGAAGGAAUAUGUAUACACUGCCAAAGAUUUAGCUCAGAAAGCUCUUGAUCUUGAUGACCAAUGUGCCAAUGCUCACAAAUGGUUUGCAAUAACUAUAGGUAGUGUAGGUGAAUAUGAAAGUACUCAAGACAAAAUCAAAAAUGGAUUUAUAUACAAGGAACAUAUAGAAAAAGCUGUUUCAUUGAAACCAUUAGACCCUUCCAACCACUACCUACUAGGCAGGUGGUGCUAUAGUGUAUAUAUGUUAUCUUGGAUAGAGAGGAAGGCUGCAGCUGCACUUUAUGCUACACCACCAUCUUCUACAGCUGAAGAAGCUGUUGUACAUUUUUUAAAGGCAGAUGAGCUGAAUCCUGGGAAGUGGAAAGAAAAUAUUUUAUUUAUAGCAAAGUGUUAUAUAGAGAUGAGACAAUAUAAGGAGUCAGUAAAAUGGUUGAUAAAAGGUCAACAGAUCCCUACAGUUAGUCAAGAUGACAAAGAAGCAGAAGUAGAAAUGGCAUCCCUACUAGUGAAAUAUAAAUCCUACUAAAUCUUCUAGAUAAUACUCUACACAAAAGUGCUAUAUGUUAUUAAUUGUCUCAUUAAUUAUAUUGCUUACUUGUCCUUCAGAUUGUUUCUGGUUUAUUCUUUGACAUUGGUCAAAUGGGAGAACAAUAUGGUUGAUGUUGUUUUUUUUUAAGCGGGACACAUUUUCAUUUGUUCACACAUUUUCAUUUGUUCAUUGAUGUAUGUAUAACUACUACAUGUAUUUUUACAUUUGAAAAUAGAGGUUGUUAUGUUAGCCAACCCUAAUUCUGCUAAAUUUGUGAUAUGGAUUUGUCCAACUUUAAAUUUGGAACUGUCCCUUCUUAUUUUGAAGAGUUUAAAUAUAACAAAAACAUUGAAUGAGUGUAGGUUCAAUACUGAAUUUAUUGUACAAGCUUAAUUAAAUUAUAUUAUGCGAGCCUCUGGCCUGAGUUCAAUAAAUUCAGUAAUGAAUCUACACAAAUGUAAUAUUAUUUUUAUCACAUACCUGAAAUAAAGACUGUUUAAAAUGCAAAAGAAUACAUUUUUUAUUGACGCACUUAUAGUGUAAUGCUAACAUUUAGAGCAUCUUUAGACUAUGUUUGUAUAGCGCAUUAAUGAUGUCUAUCAAAAUAUUUGCAUGGCCAUGCAAUACCAUUUUUACGGAGUCGCAAAAUCAGUUUGGGAUUGUCUUAGACCUGUCCAGCUUCCAUUUUGGACCCGUCCAUCAGCAAUUUUUGGGAGUAUCAAUAUAAAAAUUUUGAACUUGGUCAGUCAACAUUUUAUAGUCUGGUCAGAAAGCAUGGUGGCCCAGGCUGGCCUGGCUAUAUACUGGUAACCAAGGCUAAUCACUUUCAGUUCAAGCAGUGUAAAGGUUAAGAGUUUUUUUAUACCACUCAGUAUUGAUUUAGAGUUUCUAUUUUCAUAUAUUACUGUUCUAUGUUUAUCUAUAAAUGCGGUUGUUAUUUUACUGGUAUUGUUAGGUAUAUUUUCUGUGAAUUUAUACCAUGUACGUGUAUAAUUGUAUUUAUUUAGAAGAUCAAAGGAAAAGAAGAUAUUUUGUUGAGAUAUUUUUUAUGAAAAUCAAAACUUGUGCCAUAGAGUUCAGUUUUAUACCAAAGAACGUAUGCCCUGUAAGUUAUAAGGGAGAAAAAAAGCAUUUAUUAUCUGAAUAUUUUAGGAUUAAAAAGUGUCAUAGAUCUACUUAUUCUGCCAUUUUUGACAAGGUUUAUAAUGAUGUUAUAUUUUGUACACACAUUGACAAUGUCAAUCAAAUAAAUGCCAUUGCAUGUAUUUCACAAUGUUUGGUUUCUUUAUCAUUCUGUUGAAAUGUUCUUAUUGCAUAAAUUGGGUCAAAUGUUUUAAAUCAGUAUUUUUGUUACAAAAGUUGUCAUCACAAUUUUUGUGUCGCCUCUACGGAGUAGUGGCGACAUAUAGGGAUCACUUCUCCGUCGUCUGUCUGUCCGUCUGUCUGUCUGUCUGCACUACCGAAUAAGGAUAGGGGGCCAUCUAACUGUAAACAGAACAAAAGAGAACAAUAGAAUUCAUUCCGUAACAACAGAGUAAGGGGCCAUUGGCCCUCUAUUAAACAAUAGAAAAUAACAAAAGAAAUGGCCCCUUAUUCCAUUUCGGCCGGACGUCCGUCUGUCCGUCACAAAACUUGUCCGGAUUACUCCUCAUAAACUAUUGGUGCAAUUUCAUCCAAACUUUACAGGAAUGAUCAGUACCAAGUCUAGUUGUGCAUAUUGUCAGCAUUUUCAGGUUCAAUGAUUUUUGUCAGAGUUAUGGCCCUUUAAUAAUUUUUAUUUUUAAAGUUUGUCCGGACUACUUCUCUUAUACCCCUAAUGCAAUUUCAAUGAAACUUUACAGGAUUGAUCUGUAGCUCAAGUCCUUGCGCAUAUUGCACACUGGUUUUCCGGUUGAAUGAUUUUUGGCCGAGUUAUGGCCCUUUGAUAAAACAGGUGUUUUUUUCUGUGUGUUGCCAGAUACACAAAAGCUUGUCCGGACCACUCCUCAUAAACUACUGGUGCAAUUUCAUCCAAUCUUUACAGGAAUGAUCAGUACCAAGUCUAGUUGUGAAUAUUGUCAGAAUUUUGCCAGAUACACAAAAGUUUGUCCCCACUACUCCUCAUAAACUACUGGUGCAAUUGCAUCCAAACUUUACAGGAAUGAUUAGUACCAAGUCUAGUUGUGCACUGUCCGUCUGUCUGUCCGUCUGUCACAAAACUUGUCCCAACAUGAAAUUGGCCAUCAUGAGGCGACACAUGUGAUCACUGAUCGCUCUUGUGUUGCAUUUAUUUUAACAUUAAGCUUAGGUGAGUAUGAUAGAUUGAUGGUUAUUUUUUAUAAUCUUUUUAGCUCGACUAUUCGAUAAGAAUAAGUAGAGCUAUUGUAGUCACCCGAGCGUCGGCGUCGGCGUUGGUGUCCGCGUCGGCGUAACCACUUAUGUUAAAGUUUUUGUAAUAGUUCAAAUAUUUUCAAAGUCCAUUGACAUAUGGCUUUGAAACUUGGCACACUUGUUCACCAUCAUGACCCCUACCUGUAGACAGGAGGAGAUAACUGUAUCAAGCAUUUUGACAGAAUUAUGCCCCUUUUUUCGACUUAGAAUUUACGUUAAAGUUUUUGUAAUAGUUCAAAUAUUUUCAAAGUCCAUUGACAUAUGGCUUUGAAACUUGGCACACUUGUUCACCAUCAUGACCCCAACCUGUAGACAGGAGGAGGUUACUGUAUCAAGCAUUUUGACAGAAUUAUGCCCCUUUUUCAACUUAGAAUUUACGUUAAAGUUUUUGUAAUAGUUCAAAUAUUUUCAAAGUCCAUUGACAUAUGGCUUUGAAACUUUGCACACUUGUUCACCAUCAUGACCCCAACCUGUAGACAGGAGGAGGUAACUGUAUCAAGCAUUUUGACAGAAUUAUGCCCCUUUUUCGACUUAGAAUUUACGUUAAAGUUUUUGUAAUAGUUCAAAUAUUUUCAAAGUCCAUUGACAUAUGGCUUUGAAACUUUGCACACUUGUUCACCAUCAUGACCCCAACCUGUAGACAGGAGGAGGUAACUGUAUCAAAAAUUUUGACAGAAUUAUGCCCCUUUUUCGACUUAGAAUUUACUUUUAAGUUUUUGUAAUAGUUCAAAUAUUUUCAAAGUCCAUUGACAUAUGGAUUUGAAACUUUGCACACUUGUUUACCAUCAUGACCCCAACCUGUAAACAGGAGGAGGUAACUGUAUCAAGCAUUUUGACAGAAUUAUGCCCCUUUUUCGACUUAGAAUUUACGUUAAAGUUUUUGUAAUAGUUCAAAUAUUUUCAAAGUCCAUUGACAUAUGGCUUUGAAACUUUGCACACUUGUUCACCAUCAUUACCCCAACCUGUAAACAGGAGGAGGUAAUUGUAUCAAGCAUUUUUUUUUACUAUCAAGCACUAAGAAUAGUCGAGCGUUGCUGUCCUACCGACAGCUCUUGUUUCUUUUACAGACAUAAUAUUAUAAUCUGAUAACAUUUAUUUUGUUAUCUUGAGUGGGAGUUACCAUAUGCCUAUCUGUUAAUGAUAAUAGGCAUAUAUAGGUAUAUAGAGUGAUAGGAGAGGUUAUGGCAACUUUUCAUUCUAGUAGCAGAUAUUAUCAUUGGUGUUUCACUGAACCAGCCUUAUGUUAAAUUGUUGUUAAUCAUAACUACUCUAAAUAUCAGGGACCAAAACCAUUAUUCAUUCUAAUAGUGCAAUUAAAAUACUUCUUUUUUUAUUACAUUUUCACAAAUGAUACUUAUAUAACAUGUAAUAUGAUGUUCAAAAACUUCUACCUUUCAAUCUAAAUUAUACAUAGUCAUAAAUUAUACUUUAUAUUUUUCAUAAUCAUAUUUAACAGCUUAUCAUUAGAAUAACAAACAGGUAAAAAUAACCAAUGAAUUAUUUGAAAAUCAAACCAUUACAGUCAUUUGAAUCUAUUGUUUUAGUGGGCUGAAAAGAAAUACAUGUUAAGUUUGUUUUGUUGAUCAAAUGAAAGAUUAAAGGAAAGCAUAUGAAGUUCUUCUAUUAAUUAACACCAAGUCUUUUUUGUAUAAAAUGUUGAUGAAUAGUUAUAAUGUCAUGAUGAAAGUUAGAAUAUUCCAACUGGUUCACCAUUGUCUUGGCUUCAUAUAAGUACAUGUAAAGUUUGACAUAGAGUUUGUGAUUAAAACAUGUACAUGUAUAUACAUGUAUGUAUGUUGGGCUGUGUAUGAUACUACCUCUUUGUUGUAUGAAUAUUAUUAAGUUUAUACCAGAUUUUCAGAUUUAUACCUUGUUUACAACACUACAAGUUGUCUUCUGAUUUUAUAUUGUAUAUGUAUAACCAGUAUACCAUCACAAUGUUAUACCAUGCCUGUCUGUUGCUUAUUAUUAACCCUACCUUUCUAAAUAUUAGUAACAGACUUGUAAUGAUUUGAAAUUUGAACAGUCCCAAUAGUUAUUUUUAGGUUUUUUU